AUGGACUCUGACAUGGUGUUGACGGAGUUACAGGAGCUUCAGCAUGAGUCGCCAGAGGCCGUCGCUCAGAAGGAUGACGACGAGGUGGAGGAACUCAGAAACAGGUGCUUGAAUUUCAGCUAAGUGCUUCACUGUCUUACUGUGCUCUGGAGCGCGCGCACACACACACACACACACUCUACAACACUAGGACAAUCAGUGCUCUAUUAAAUCAGAUCCGCUUUAGCCGACAUCCGCAUAGCUGUUGUUUUGGUUGUUUUUCCGGUGUCGGAGGUGGAACUGUGUUAGAGCUGUCAAAUCCACAAGCGACUCCUGUCAGUAUACCUAAAGCGGACAUUGCCAGUGGCUGCACGGAGUCACAUUACGAGAAGGCUUGUUUACAAUUUCGAACACUGGAUAGCGAUUAGGCUGAUAGAAAACCUUAAUUAUUUUGUUUAAUGAUUUUCAAUUUAAGCAUCAUUAUUUCUAUAUAACCUACACUUUCUCGUUCUGAACUUGGGACGGGUGUGGCUUCGUGACAAUGAUCAAGAGCAGCUGCUCACCAGUUUGACAGCUCCCACGCAGUUACAACUCAGACACCGCCAAAACAUCAGUAUGCGGGUGUCGGCUAUCACCGGUUAACGCUUGAUCUGAUUGAAUCUAGGACUUACAUCAUCACACAGUUUAGUGCUUUACUCUGUAAUUAGGUUACCCUAACACAAUUUGAACACAAUACACACUCUCUUAAUGCAUAGUCCACCCCAUAGCUCUGUACUCUAUAAGUCUAACUCUACCACAGCUCAUUGGUUUACUUUCGCACACUGUUUCCCAUAACCUGUAAUUGCUAGUCUCCACCAUACCAGGAUUCCCACCAUACCAUGGAGGCUAGCUAGCCUAUAUCAGGGGUACGGAUUUCCGAAAUGGAGUCAGGUUCACUAAUACAGCUCGGUGCAACACAGUUGUCUUAUACAUCUCAGUGCCAAAGAGGAGUACAGGUACACCAACUACACAUUUCAGUGGGGCUGAAUAUUGCUACUGUAGCAAAACAGAUAGUUGUCCCUCAGCCCCAGACACCUCCUCUCUAAUAUUAACCCCAUGACGUUCAGGGAUACUAGCCUUCCCAGUUUUUUAUGCCUUGGGCAUAUCUACCAUUGGGUAGAGCGAGUGCUCAGUGCAUGUUUAAUUUUUAUUUUAUUUAACCUUUAUUUAACCCGGUAAGCCAGUUGAGAACAAGUUCUUAUUUACAACUGCGACCUGGCCAAGAUAAAGCAAAGCAUAUGGGGUAAAACAAAACAUAAAGUCAAAAAUACAACAGAAAAUAUAUAUACAGUGUGUGCAAAUGAAGCAAGUUAUGGAGGUAAGGCAAUAAAUAGGCCAUAGUGCAAAAUAAUUACAAUUAGUGUUAACACUGGAAUGAUAGAUGUGCAAGAGAUGAUGUGCAAAUAGAGAUACUGGGGUGCAAAUGAGCAAAAUAAAUAACAAUAUGGGGAUGAGGUAGUUGGGUGGGCUAAUUUCAGAUGGGCUGUGUACAGGUGCAGUGAUCGGUAAGGUGCUCUGACAACUGAUGCUUAAAGUUAGUGAGAGAGAUAAGAGUCUCCAGCUUCAGAUAUUUUUGCAGUUCGUUCCAGUCAUUGGCAGCAGAGAACUGGAAGGAAUGGCGGCCAAAGGAGGUGUUGGCUUUGGGGAUGACCAGUGAGAUAUACCUGCUGGAGCGCAUACUACGGGUGGGUGUUGCUAUGGUGACCAAUGAGCUAAGAUAAGGCGAGGAUUUGCCUAGCAGUGAUUUAUAGAUGGUCUGGAGCCAGUGGGUUUGGCGACGAAUAUGUAGUGAGGACCAGCCAACAAGAGCGUACAGGUCACAGUGGUGGGUAGUAUAUGGGGCUUUGGUGACAAAACGGAUGGCACUGUGAUAGACUACAUCCAAUUUGCUGAGUAGAGUGUUGGAGGCCAUUUUAUAAAUUACAUCGCCGAAGUAAAGGAUCGGUAGGAUAGUUAGUUUUAAAAGGGCAUUUUUGGCAGCAUGAGUGAAGGAGGCUUUGUUGCGAAAUCGGAAGCCGAUUCUAGAUUUAACUUUGGAUUGGAGAUGCUUAAUGUGAGUCUGGAAGGAGAGUUUACAGUCUAACCAGACACCUAGGUAUUUGUAGUUGUCCACAUACUCUAGGUCAGACCCGUCGAGAGUGGUGAUUCUAGUCGGGUGGGCGGGUGCCAGCAGCGUUCGAUUGAAGAGCAUGCAUUUAGUUUUACAUGUGUUCAAGAGCAGUUGGAGGCUACGGAAGGAGUGUUGUAUGGCAUUGAAGCUCGUUUGGAGGUUUGUUAACACAGUGUCCAAUGAAGGGCCAGAUGUAUACAAAAUGGUGUUGUCUGCGUAGAGGUGGACCUGAGAAUCACCAGCAGCAAGAGCGACAUCAUUGAUAUACACUGAGAAAAGAGUCAGCCCAAGAAUUGAACCCUGUGGCACCCCCAUAGAGACUGCCAUAGGUCCAGAUAACAGGGUAGCAGCAUGUAUUGCAAUUGUGUUCACUGUUUCUGGCUAUCAGUAAAUACUACUUCAUGAAAUUAUAAAUCAUUCCAUCAGUGUCAUACCAUUUGAGUCGUUUCAUGUCAUUUCAGCAAGCCAUGACACCCACCAUUGUUCUGAAAUCGUUUCUGUGAUUAGAAACUGGUAAGAUUGGCAUUCCCGAAAUCUUAUUUUGUUGAAAUUGUAUUUGAUCUCAGAAAAAUUAAGCAAAUUGAUUGCACCCAAAUUGGCCAUUUUAGUUUAAAGGAUAUAUUCAAUAGAUAUAGUACACAACAUCCGAUUUGGACCAAACUUCUUCCUACCAAUGAGUAAGACAUGAGGAAUCCAAUAAUAUCCUCAAAAGCCACCCACGAAACCCCCACACCAGUCCCACCCCAACAACCAGUAUACAAUGUAGUCCUCUGUAGCUCAGCUGGUAGAGCACGGCGCUUGGAACGCUAAGGUAGUGGGUUCGAUCCCCGGGACCACCCAUACACAAAAAAAAAAAAAAAAAAAAAAAAAAAAAAAAAAAAAUGUAUGCACGCAUGACUGUAAGUCGCUUUGGAUAAAAGCGUCUGCUAAAUGGCAUAUUAUAUAUUAUAUUAUUAUACAAUGUAAGUUCUCUAUGUCUGACAAGUAGUAUGAAUAUGCGGUUGUGAGUAUUGUUUUGUUCAUACUAUGUAAUGUAUUCCUUGUGAAUUUGGUGAUGGUUAUUUUCCCCUUUGCUGAGAAAUAUGUAAUUGAAGUCUCUUGCAUUAUUUACCAUAAAUUAGUGUAAAAAUACCAGGUUUUGACUACUAGAUGCUGCUGUUCCUGUUAUACUGCCAGACUCUUUUAUCGAUUUUGCUGGUCUCUUGUUUUUAUUAAAUAGAUCACAACAUUUCCUUUGCAACUUCAGCUACAAAACCAAUCGAUUUUGUUCAUGAUAAAUAAAUUGUGUGGUCAUCCUCACAAUUCAAGCCAGUCCUUCAUGAAAGCGAUUCAGUUUGUCCUUCUCUUAGCAAACUAAUGCUUCAACCCAACUGUCCUUGAAUAGACCAACAAGGCAGCCUUCUGAGAGGGCUAUCCCUAUGGUGAAAUGAAUUCUUUUUCUAGAAGACUAAAACUUUGUUGGAGAAAUGGGCUAGGGACUAAAAGGUUCUAACAACCCUAAUAAAAUAUUACAAUUGUAAACCAUUGCAUGGCAGUCUUAUAUUUCCAAUAACGUUAUUAGAAAACAGCUCUAUGUGUAGUGUGAUUAGUGACAUUUACCAUUAAACUCAACUCAAUACCAUUACCAUUGCAAAAGACUAUAGAGUGUGUGUUUGGGGACUUUUACCAUUGAAGACCACUAGCACCCUCUACCGAAGAACAUUUGAAUGAUGCUUGACAAGGCCAAUGAACACUGUGCCUCACCGGAAGCCCUGCCUUCCACAGGUGAUAAACCUGAGGCACAGAUUCAUUACCUUGAGUUGAGCAGAACAAUUUGGAACGUGAAAACUAUCAGGCUUUACUCCAACUUAACUAUCCCACUUAAGGUUUCUACUCACAAUGUGCUUAGAUCUAUGUGUGUGCGUGCACUGGGUGGAGUCCGAUUUUUUGGGUAACAUCAUACCCCACUGAUUCAGACUCCCAAAUAGCAACAUUCACAAGGGCACGACAGAGGUUUUCUUGUUGUCUUCUCAUUUGUUGUGAAAGGAAAAGAAGAGUCUCUCUUGUCUUGUUGUCUUCCCUUGCUAGCAAGUUGGCUAAACACUGCAAGCUAGCUAGCCUUUUAGCUUCCCACAUCGCUAUGUGAAAUAAUCAGAUUCAUAAUAAAAUAAUAUGCUCUGGCAUAUAUUCUUAUACUUGCCAGUGUAACCUACAACAUUAUCCCAACUUGAUAUGCUGCUUCAAUGUAUUCGCUCCCAUAUCAGCUAAAAAUAGAAUGUCAUCAUGUUUUGGUCACAGAGAAAAAACACAUAACUCGCAGCUGUUUUUACCAAUAGCCUGGAAUCAAUAGUUAUUACUUCUAAACAAAAUACAUUUUGUGGGGAUUCUAAUAAAGCUACAAUGUUGUUUGGUUUAUUGUUUGAACAGAUUAUAUUUACUUAUCAAUGCAAAAUAGGUUACUUUGAUGCAUAGCCUUUAGAUCAGGGCCCGGUUUUCAUUUCAAGCAUGUUUUUAUACGUCGCUUGUUUGUAUCAAUUGCAAAGACAUUGGCAACUUUGUAUUGUAGUCAACCUUUUUUCUGAAGUUAUCGGUGGUCACAAAGAAACUGCUAAACCAUGUGAUUCUAUGUUUAGGUGAGAUCUUCUGAGGGUAAAAAAGCAUCUAACGAUGCACCUCUGGUCUGGAGGAGGUGUAAGAUUACGAGCGUUUUCAAGGUCAACGUUGAUAAUGAUGGUUUUGGGAAACAGCUUGUAAAUUUAACGAUGCUCUUACAAAAGUUCUAACGAUGAACUUAGCCUUAAAAUUAUUUUUGGAAACUGGGCCCUGAUCAAGGAACCAAGUGAGCUUCAUUGCCUACACAACACUGCCCCCAAGGCUACACAAGGAUUGAUAUGGUGCAUUACAAUUUUCAUGUGGCAUGGGAGUACGUAGAAUGACGGAGCACACUACAAGGAGCUGGCCCUUUUGUGACUAAAGAUGUCAUUGCGACGCUGUGCUACGCUCUGUAGGGUCCAUAAUAUAAUAUAAAUAUAAUUAUUUCCUGCUGAAUCUGUUAGUUAUUCUUCUGCCUGUUUAGCCUGGCUAACUGACUGAGUAAGAUGGCUAACAUGACCAAAAUGACGAAGACUAACAAGUCGGGUUCAGAUUCAAGACCAUGCCCAAAUAAAUUAAAAGAUACUCAUGUUUUGUUGUCUGGUAUGUCUCGGCACAUUGCAUGUUCCGGCUGCCCCCGCUCGGGUCAGCUUGUGUGCAGGAUGAAGGGACCGUGUAAGUAACAGUGGCUGGCACUGUUCCCCUAGUCCAUGGUGCGCGCCGGUUCUCGUGGGAAACGUGUAACAUUUGUAUGGCUUCCUCUCACAGGUGCCCGCACCUCGGCUGGGUCUGAGUUACGGGACCCGGGGAUAAAUUUGAGCAUUGGUCAGAUCAAAUAUCUUGUCUGCCUGGGCUGAGGCAUGCUAAAGCUACACUAGCUCAACCCGGUUGCUGUGCACCCUUUUGCAGGCUAAUGGAGGCGACUUGUAGGGAGAGGGCGGCCUGGUCGCUGGGUACUCCCUGCCACCUGUGCCUGCCUCAGUCAAGCACCGUUUACCUCUCUUCCCAGACUUGGUCGAUACUCCGGUCUUAUGUGGACAGGAUCAGGCUAGCUAAACAGUGCUGCAUAGUGUGCUAGCCAGGUUAGCUGACUCGUCAAGACAAGCUAGCUAGCGUACUGCCACUGGAGAUUGCUGCCUCCCAUGGUCGAUGUUUGUGUAGGUCUCUUGUUUAGCAUAUGUAGCGUUCAGUCGCUUGGUUAUUCUAAACGGACCGUGCUGCGGUCAGAGAGAUUCUGGAGAAUAAAGGAAGACCGCAUGCGGUUUCUUUUGCUAGUUCUGUGCUGGCAGAGGGCUUGGAAAGUGCUAGCCCGCGGGGAUAAUGCCAGGUAGCUGGCUACUGGCUUAGCAAGACUGAGAAGUUGCAUGGCUGACAUCAGCUAGCAUAUGGUAACAGUGCCUCUGUGUUUGGCUACGUUGGCCAUUGCUGGAGAUCCUGUACCCAUAAAAGGGCCGGGCUACAGUGAAUAGCGAUACAGGUUAUGGACUCUGUAGUCGAUUGGCAAUCAUGCUAUUAUCCCACAAACAGUCUCUGUGGUUCAUAUGAACUCCAAGAUGAGCUGUCUGUCUCUUGCUCAUCGCGUUUCAUUCCUGGGAAUUUGAUUAAAUUACGAAUCGCCCUGUCUGUUAUCACAGAUGGGGUCUGUUUUUCAGAGUUAUCUGUCCUUUUAUUCAAUUGUUUUAUCGCUUGAGCCAGGGGAGGCGUAGCUCUGCACAUUUUGUUCGCAUGGAACCUAUUAUUUGGCAGGGAAUACUAUUUGUAGAUCAGUGAUUCUACAUCUCACUUUGCUCAAGCUGAUCCUCUCCAAAUAACUUGGAGGUUGUAGCUAAAGAUUGGUAAUUUAACAGUUAAAAGGGAGAGUCAGUGAAACCAACCAUGGAAGUAUAUAGCAAAUAAUAGGAAAUCUAAGAUCUGAAUAUAACUUGAAAGAUUAGUGUGUCAAUACCCCGCUGGGACGCUUGCUGCAAUGAUAAUAAUAAUAUUGUAGCGAAUUCAGGGGCAACUAAAUUUUAUUCAGUAGAGUCGACUACAGUAGAGUACAGUACAGUACAGGAAGACGUCUAUGUUUGGGCCAAAUAAAGGCCAGUCUGGACCAGACCAUAUCUGAACCAAACAUAGAUGGUGAAAUCAAGGCUGGUCCGGAUUGAACCAAUAAAAGGCAUCACUGUCGUUAAAUGCUUAGGGAUGGAUCGAAAUUUACAGAAUGGUUACCUGGAGGAAAAUGGGGGAGGGUAAUGCUUUUUCAAUUUCAGUCAAGGGGAGCGUUUAGUAUUUAUAAAUCUAGUCCAUGGGAGGGUCAUGUAAUUUGUAAAUGAUGAAAUGGCAAUGUAUCUAAGUGUUUAAGAAUUAGUUGCUUUUUAGGAUAUUUACCGAUGUCUGCCCGAUGCCGCCCCUCAUCUCUGAUUCUCCACUGGGCGCAAUAUCAAGUGCUCCUAUAGGCUAUUUACAGUAGUGUGGUCUCAAUCAAAUUAAGUGCAUGCUCGGAAAAGCACAGAGCAAAGUUAUUUUUCAAAGAUACCUGCUGGGAUGGUGUAAAUACAACUAGGCUACAUUCCACACUGCAAUGGAUAUUCCAACCCUAAGCCCCGGCCUGUUCUGCUCUUGCUGACCCCCCCCCCCCCCCCCCAAAAAAAAAAUGCUGUGCUGCCUAACCAAUGGCUGUACAGGCCUACGGUGGUAGUUCAGGAGGAGAGUCAAAGGCUUCUUCCAACAAAAAAAAAGUAUUGCGUGCCGGACUAGCCUAUAUCUGUUCAGUUUGAGAAGGAGAGCGCAAAGAUGAGGACCGGAGGUCAACUUUGAUAGCUUUCUACUACUAUAAUUUAUUCUUGAGUUGCUCAUGAUGUAUUUAUCAGUGUUAUUGACCUCACAAUAAGCCAGAUUCUAGUAACUUACAUUGUGGUGCUGAAACCUGAAGCAGUAGCCGCUGCGGAAAUGGACAGCUCAUAGUGCUGAAAGUAGGCAAAUUCAAGAUCUUUCCACCCCUACUCUUGUCCACGGUGGUCUGCAAAGCCACAACCUUCUGGCCCGCAACCCUAUCAAAAUUCCUACAUUGCCAUGUAAUUCUUACAAGACGAAGAACAGUUCCUAAAACUUCAUGCAGUGCAUUCGGAAAGAAUUCAGACCCCUUUACUUUUUCCACAUUUUGUUACGUUACAGCCUUAUUCUAAAAUGGAUUAAAUAGUUUUUUCCCCUCAUCAAUCUAUACACAAUACCCCAUAAUGACAAAGCAAAAACAGGUUUUUAGAAAAUAUUUUUUUCUGAUCUUGGAUUUCCUAUUCUUUUCUAUAUACUUCCAUGGCUGGCUUCAUUAACUAUGUUUCCAUCAGACGCUAUGUUUUCCAUCUGAUCUGAAAUCCUGCAGCUGUAUUGAUUCAUGUAAAUGCCAGAAGUUUGAUUUUGAAAAUAGAUUUUAUUAUAACUCUGGUUUCUCAAACCAACACUGACUUCUGACUAUUAAUGAAUCUUCGUUAAUAAAGUCUAUAUCGAACACUGAUGUGUCUCUGACUGGUUAUAAUGUAUAUAGAUUUGGCAGAGGUGGGCGUGUUGUCAUAUUCGUAAAGAGCAGCUUAAAUGUUUCCCUACGCAAUUUGAAUGUCUAAUCUUGAAUGUAGGCCUUGGUAAUAAAGCCCAGCUAACACUAGUAGGAAUUUAUCUCCCUCCCUCGGCUCCGCCUUGUGCUCUAAGGGGGGAAUUACGACCAUAGUUAAGCACACAUAAAUGGAACGUAAUUCCCUUUUUAUGCACUUUUCUCUCUUUCUGAUCUUGAAUUUAGGGUGGAGAUCAAGGAAAUGAAGUAUGGCGGCAGUUUUGUCAUAAGUAUAUUGCCAAUGGAAUCUCUGCUAAUGAGCCCAGUGAACAUUGUCCCAUUGCCUGCAUAAGAGAUCAAAAGCUACCUAAUAACCCACCCACGCAUUAUUACAAAGAGACAUUUCGGGAAUUUCAAUUAGCAACAUUUCAUGUCUGAUCUGGGGUUGUGUGACUGGGGGACUCGGAUCAGGCCCUAAAUUGGUUUGCUUCUCUGUUUAACACUGUUGCAGAUACAGUGAGGGAAAAAAGUAUUUGAUCCCCUGCUGAUUUUGUACGUUUGCCCACUUACAAAGAAAUGAUCAGUCUAUAAUUUUAAUGGUAGGUUUAUUUGAACAGUGAGAGACAGAAUACCAACAAAAAAAUCCAGAAAAACGGAUGUCAAAAAUCUUAUAAAUUGAUUUGCAUUUUAAUAAGGGAAAUAAGUAUUUGACCCCCUCUCAAUCAGAAAGAUUUCUGGCUCUCAGGUGUCUUUUAUACAGGUAACGAGCUGAGAUUAGGAGCACACUCUUAAAGGGAGUGCUCCUAAUCUCAGCUUGUUACCUGUAAAAAGGACACCUGUCCACAGAAGCAAUCAAUCAAUCAGAUUCCAAACUCUCCACCAUGGCCAAGACCAAAGAGCUCUCCAAGGAUGUCAGGGACAAGAUUGUAGACCUACACAAGGCUGGAAUGGGCUACAAGACCAUCGCCAAGCAGCUUGGUGAGAAGGUGACAACAAGUUGGUGCGAUUAUUCGCAAAUGGAAGAAACACAAAAGAACUGUCAAUCUCCUUCGACCUGGGGCUCCAUGAAAGAUCUCACCUCGUGGAGUUGCAAUGAUCUUGAGAACGGAGAGGAAUCAGCCCAGAACUACACUGGAGGAUCUUGACAAUGAUUUCAAGGCAGCUGGGACCAUAGUCACCAAGAAAACAAUUGGUAACACACUACGCGGUGAAGGACUGAAAUCCUGCAGCUCCCGCAAGGUCCCCCUGCUCAAGAAAGCACAUAUACAGGCCCGUCUGAAGUUUGCCAAUGAACAUCUGAAUGAUUCAGAGGAGAACUGUGUGAAAGUGUUGUGGUCAGAUGAGACCAAAAUGGAGCUCUUUGGCAUCAACUCAACUCGCCGUGUUUGGAGGAGGAGGAAUGCUGCCUAUGACCCCAAGAACACCAUCCCCACCGUCAAACAUGGAGGUGGAAACAUUUAUGCUUUGGGGGUGUUUUUCUGCUAAGGAGACAGGAAAACUUCACCACAUCAAAGGGACGAUGGACGGGCCAUGUACCGUCAAAUCUUGGGUGAGAACCUCCUUCCCUCAGCCAGGGCAUUGAAAAUGGGUCGUGGAUGGGUAUUCCAGCAUGACAAUGACCCAAAACACACGGCCAAGGCAACAAAGGAGUGGCUCAAGAAGAAGCACAUUAAGGUCCUGGAGUGGCCUAGCCAGUCUCCAGACCUUAAUCCCAUAAAAAAUCUGUGGAGGGAGUUGAAGGUUUGAGUUGCAAACGUCAGCCUCGAAACCCUAAUGACUUGGAGAAGAUCUGCAAAGAGGAGUGGAACAAAAUCCCUCCUGAGAUGUGUGCAAACCUGGUGGCCAACUACAAGAAACGUCUGACCUCUGUGAUUGCCAACAAGGGUUUUGCCACCAAGUACUAAGUCAUUUUUGCAGAGGGGUCAAAUACUUAUUUCACUCAUUAAAAUGCAAAUCAAUUUAUAACAUUUACAUUUACAUGCGUUUUUCUGGAUGUUGUUAUUCUGUCUCUCACUGUUCAAAUAAACCUACCAUUAAAAUGAUAGACUGAUCAUGUCUUUGUCAGUGGGCAAACGUACAAAAUCAGUAGGGGAUCAAAUACUUUUUUCCCUCACUGUAAGUACGCAUAACUUGUCCGAAAAAUUACAGGAAAUACAUUUUGCUUGGGCUAAUGCUAAAUAGACUAAUACCAUGUCUGACUGGCAGUCCUAUAGACAUUUGAGAAAUACAGUGCCUUCAGAAAGUAUUCAUACCGCUUGACUUGUUCCUGAAUUCAAAAUGGAUUAAAUAUUUUUCACCCGUCUACACACAAUACCCCAUAAUGACAAAGUGAAUGCAUGUUUUUAGAAAUGUUUGCAAAAUUGCUGAAAAAUGAAAUACAAAAAUAUGUAAUUUACAUAAGUAUUCACACCCCUGAGUCAAUACUUUGUAGAAGCACCUUUGGCAGCGAUUACAGCUAUGAGUCUUUCUGGGUAAGUCUCUAAGAGUUUUCCACACCUGGAUUGUGCAACAUUUACCCAUUUAUUCUUUAACAAAUUCUUCAAGCUCUGUCAAAUUGAUUGUUGAUCAUUGCUAGACAACCAUAGAUUUUCAAGCAGAUUUAAGUUAAAACUGUAACUCGGCCACUCAGGAACAUUCACUGUCUUCUUGGUAAGCAACCAGUGUAGAUUUGGCCUUGUGUUUUAGGUUAUUGUCCUGCUGAAAGGUGAAUGAAUCUCUCAUUGUCUGGUGGAAAGUAGACUGAACAAAGUUUUCCACUAUGAUUUUGCCUGUACUCAGCCCCAUUCCGUUUAUUUUUUAUCCUAAAAAACUCUCCAGUCCUUAACGAUUACAAGCAUACCAAUAACAUGGAGCAGCCACCACUAUGCUUGAAAAUAUGGAGAGUGGUACUCAGUAAUGUGUAUUCAGGACAAAAAGUUAAUUGCUUUGCCACAUUUAUUGCAGUAUUACUUUAGUGCCUUGUUGCAAACAGGAUGCAUGUUUUGGAAAAAUUGUUAUUCUGUAGAAGCUUUCUUCUUUUCACACUGUCAAUUAGGUUAGUAUUGUGGAGUAACUACAAUGUUGUUGAUCCAUCCUCAGUUUUCUCCUAUCACAGCCAUUAAACUCUGUAACUGUUUUAAAGUCACUAUUGGCCUCAUGGUAAAAUCCCUGAGCGGUUUCCUUCCUCUCUGGCAACUGAGUUAGGAAGGACGCCUGUAUCUUUGUAGUGACUGGGUGUAUUGAUACACCAUCCAAAGUGUAAUUAAUAAUGUCACCAUGCUCAAAGGGAUAUUCAAUGUCUGCUUUUUUAUUUUUACCAAUCUACUAAUAGGUGCUGUUCUUUGUGAGGCAUUGAAAAACCUCCCUGGUGUCUGUUCUUGACAAGCAGCGUGUCAGAGAUUAUUGCAUUGAACAAACACCUCCGAUCUGGUCCUCUGUGCAGUAUGCGUUAAAUGUGAACACGACAGCUGACAUCUGUGGGAUAACUGCAAACAUAGAAAUACACACAACAGAACUACCAACAUACAAAUACACCCAAAUACCCAACAAAACAAAAUACACCCUGGCUCAAAUACAAAAGUCCCGGAGCCAGAGUGUCACAGUACCCCCCCCUAAAGGUGCGACCUCCGGGCGCACCAACAUACAGUCUAGGGGAGGGUCUGGGUGGGCGUCUGUCCACGGUGGCGGUUCUGGCCCUGGUCGUGGUCCCCACCCCACCUUAGUCACUAUCCGCUUCCGUAGCCUCCUCCACAUGACCACCCCCCAACUAAACCCCACUGGAUUAAGGGGCGGCACCGGACUAAGGGGCAGUACCGGACUAAGGGGCAGCACCAGGAUAAGGGGCAGCACCGGGCUAAGGGACAGCACCAGACUCAAUGGCGGAUCCUGGCUGGCUGGCUCUGGCGGAUCCUGGCUGGACGGCUCUGGCGGAUCCUGGCUGGACGGCUCAUGGCCGGCUGAAGGAUCUGGCUGCUCAUGGCUGACUGACGGAUCUGGCUGCUCAUGGCUGGCUGACGGAUCUGGCUGCUCAUGGCUGGCCGACGGAUCUGGCUGCUCGUGGCUGGCCGACGGAUCUGGCUGCUCAUGGCUGGCUGAAGGAUCUGGCUGCUCAUGGCUGGCUGAAGGAUCUGGCUGCUCAUGGCUGGCUGACGGAUCUGGCUGCUCAUGGCCGGCUGACGGAUCUGGCUGCUCAUGGCUGGCGGAAGGCUCUGGCUGAUCCUGUCUGGCGGAAGGCUCUGGCUGAUCCUGUCUGGCGGAAGGCUCUAGCGGCUCCGGUCUGGCGGACGGCUCUGACGGCUCAUGGCAGACGGGCGGCUUUGCAGGCUCAGUCCAGACGGCCAGUUCAAACGCCUUAGGGCAGACGGGCAGUUCAGGCCCCGUUGGGCAGACGGCAGACUCUGGCCGUCUGAGGCGCACCGUAGGCCUGAUGCGUGGUGCCGGAACUGGAGGUACCGGGCUGAGGACGCGCAUCUCAGGGCUAGUGCGGGGAGAAGCAACAGGGCAUGCUGGACCCUGGGAACGCACAUAACGCCUAGUGCGGGGAGAAGGAACAGGGCAUGCUGGACCCUGGGGACGCACAUAAGGCCUAGUGCGGAGAGCCGGAACAGGGCAUGCUGGACCCUGGGGACUCACAUAACGCCUAGUGCGGGGAGAAGGAACAGGGCAUGCUGGACCCUGGGGACGCACAUAACGCCUAGUGCGGGGAGAAGGAACAGGGCAUGCUGGACCCUGGGGACGCACAUAAGGCCUAGUGCGGAGAGCAGGAACAGGGCAUGCUGGACCCUGGGGACUCACAUAACGCCUAGUGCGGAGAGCCGGAACAGGGCAUGCUGGACCCUGGGGACUCACAUAACGCCUAGUGCGGAGAGCAGCAACAGGACGCACAGGACUCGGGGAACACACAGGAGGCUUGGUGCGUGGUGUAGGCACUGGUGGUACUGGGCUGGAGCGGGGAGGUGGCGCCGGAAAUACCGGACCGUGCAGGCUUACUGGCCCCCUUGAGCACUGAGCCUGCCCAACCUUACCCGGGUUGAUGCUCCCCGUCGCCCGACCAGUACGGGGAGGUGGAAUAACCCGCACCGGCCUAUGUGGGCGAACCGGGAACACCAUGCGUAAGGCUGGUGCCAUGUACGCCGGCCCGAGAAGACGCACUGGUAGCUGGAUGCGUUGGGCCGGCUUCAUGACAUCUGGCUCAAUGCUCACUCUAACCCGGCCGAUACGUGGAGCUGGAAUGUGUCGAACCGGGCUAUGCCUGCGUACAGGAGACACCAUGCGCUCUACUGCGUAACACGGUGUCUGCCCGUACUCUCGCUCUCCACGGUAAGUCCAGGGAGUAGGCGCAGGUCUCCUACCUGACUUCGCCACACUCCCUUUAAGCCCCCCCCCAAUAAAUUUUUGGGUAGUACCCACGGGCUUCCAGCCUUGACUCCGUGCUGCCUCCUCAUACCGCCUCCUCUCGGCUUUAGCUGCCUCCAGCUCUUCACGAGGGCGGCGAUACUCUCCCGGUUGUGCCCAAGGACCCUUUCCAGCCAGUAUCUCCUCCCAUGUCCAUGAAUCCUUUAUAGGCGUCCAUGAAUCCUUAGGCGCAGGGUCCCGUUGCCGCUUGACACGCUGCUUGGUCCUAUGAUGGUGGGUUUUUCUGUCACGAGGGUCGAUGUCGUCUAAAUAUGACCAAGGCGCAGCGUGUCCAAGAAACAUGACUUUAUUGAUUCAAAGUCUGGAACAAAACAACAAACCAAGACCGAUACGUGAAGUCCUCUGCAACACUGACAGAACUAAGAACAAAAACCCACAAUUCCCACCGGAAAACAUACAGAUUAAAUAUGGCUCCCAAUCAGAGACAACGAGCCGACAGCUGACACUCGUUACCUCCGAUUGGGAGUCAUAGACCAAACCUAAAAAGAACCCCACAGAACUGCAAACAUAGAAAUACACACAACAGAACUACCAACAUAGAAAUACACCCAAAUACCCAACAAAACAAAAUACACCCUGGCUCAAAUACAAAAGUCCCGGAGCCAGAGUGUCACACCUGGUCUUUGUGGUUGAAUCUGUGUUUGAAAUUCACUGCUUGAUUGAGGGCUUACAGAUAAUUGUACGUGUGGGGUACAAAGAUGAGGUAGUCAUUAAAAAAACAUGUUAAACACAAUUAUUGCAGACUGAGUGAGUCUAUGCAACUUAUUAUGUGACUUGUUAAGCACAGUUUUACUCCUAAACUUAUUUAGGCUUGCCAUAACAAAGGGGUUGAAUACUUAUUGGCUCAAGACAUUUCAGCUUUUUAUUAAUUUGUAAAACUUUUGAAAAACAUAAUUCCACUUUGACAUUUUGGGUUAUUGUGUGUAGGCCAGUGACAAAAUAUAUAAAUGUAAUCAAUUUAAGUUCAGACUAACACAACAGAAAAAGUCAUGGGGUGUGAAUACUUUCUGAAGAAACUGUAGAUGUCUAUCUUUGGUUUGAAAAUCUAAGUCAACUUACUGUACUUCUUGAACUGUGCAUCUGAGAAUAGUAGGAAUCCAGCAAACUUCUGGAAAGUACUUAAAUCUCAGAAAACCUAGCUAAAAAACAUUAGCUGACAUGGGCUAGUUGAUCUGGACAUUUCUGACAAGUUAUAAAUAGCUCUCUAAGGUAUGCAAUGACUGACAUGACAAGAGGAAAACUGAUGACCAAUUUCUAAAUUGCAUCUUGUGCAUACUACUAUUACAACUUUCAAGAGUAAGUUGAAAGCCCAACUGAGUUCAGCUCAGAGAACAUAUCGUCUGAUGGAAACAUAGUUAAUGAACCCCGUGCCUCACUUCCUGCCCCACGGGCAUGCCCCACAGUUUGGGAACCACUGCCUUAAUAGACUAAAUGGACAUUUGUGGUUCUUUUAAUAACCAUUUUGCCUCAGCUGGCCAUCUAUUUGAAAGAAUAGUUUCUAGAAAUUCUUCUAAUUCCUAAUUAGAGGGAGUCCUUUAUUCCCCUCGAAACAGACUUUAGAGAAUGAUGCACUCCCAAAUAAACAUUCUCUAUUUUCAUUUCAUUUUAUAUAAAUGAUGUACUAAGUGCCUUGCUAAAAAAUCCACAGGGGCUGAUUCUCUUGAUCCCUUCUUACUGCAGCUCUCUGCCCCACACCUCCCGAGUGGCGCAGUGGUCUAAGGCACUGCAUCGCAGUGCUAGCUGUGCCACUAGAGAUCCUGGUUCAAAUCCAGGCUCUGUCGUAGCUGGCCGUGACCGGGAGACCCAUGGGGCGGCGCACAGUUGUCCAGGGUAGGGGAGGGAAUGGCCGGCAGGGAUGUAGCUCAGUUGGUAGAGCAUGGCGUUUGCAACGCCAGGGUUGUGGGUUUGAUUCCCACGGGGGGCCAGUCUAAAAAAUAAUGUAUGCACUCACUAACUGUAAGUCGCUCUGGAUCAGAGCGUCUGCUAAAUGACGUAAAUGUAAAUUGCAGAAUCAUUAGCCUAUAUGUUUUACAUGACAAUUGUUUCUGGUGUUAUCCCUAAGAUCUGGAAAGCGGCACAUGUCCUCCCCCUACACAACGGAGGAGAUCAUUUUGACUUAGAUAAGUUAUCGUGCAUUUCCAAAGUUUUAGAAUCUGGCCAACUCUCAGCUAAGAACAUUUUUAACUUCUCAUUCAAUUCUAAAUGUGCACCAGUCUGGUUUUAGACCCGGACAUAGCACCGCUUCAGCUGCUACGCUUGUUCUAUAUGAUGUGUUAAAUUGCUUAGAUCAUAAAAACCAUUGUGCUGCCUUAUUUAUAGACCUUUCCAAGGCCGUCGACACUGUUAACCAUUACGUUCUCAUUCAAAGACUGACUUGACUAAAAUAGGCCUGUGUAACCCUCUCACCAGGCUCGAAUUUGACACUCACGAUAUUACCUUACUUAGAAUAUCUGAACUGCAUGGGAUUUUAAGUGAGAUGGACAUCUCCAAUAAGAAUCCCUAUUGUAAACUCACUAGGGUGAAUGACAAAUAGGGUAUUAACUUCAGAUAAAAUGAUUAUAGACUUGGUUAUUAUUAUAAGGAUAUGCUUUCCCAUGCAUUCAAUGAAACUGAAACAGUAAAUGACUCCACCAAUACAACAGACAUAAGGUUCAAGAUCUAUAUUAUCACAUUUUCAAUGUACCACAUCAAAAUAAAUAAAAAUAAUAAACCCCAAUGAUUUUUCCACAAACCAUGUCCAAAUUAUUUGCAAGCUUGCUUAAACCCUGGGUGCGAGUUGAAGCUAAAAAAAAUUACAACAUACAUAAAGUCCCGAAGUCCACCCCACAUUUGUAGUUACUCACUACUUGUAGAUAAUACCUCAGCAAAGUAUAGCAGUUCCGUGCAGGUGUCCUCACAAAAGAUCCACAACUCCGUAGAAGCAACAGACAUCCCGUGGAAACCCGAACUCGUUGAUCGUCACAAGCAAUUCUCUACAAGUCUCACGAUGCUAGGCUAACCUCUAGGAUGUCAAAUGUCUCCACAAUGCGACGGCAGCUUUAGUCUCCACUAAGUCUUUCUUAAUGAAAUAAUAACACUCUCUUAUAGAAAUAAAAUCAGGAUUUCCCUUAAAAAAACUCUGUAGGUAUGGUUUUGUUCUCUCUUUAUCGUUUCCUUUGGUCGUUUUCCUUCACCAACCCCACUAACGUCUCUCCUCUCCCUUCUUUCAACCCCCCCCCCCCCCCCCCCCCCCCCCCCCAACCAACCUAUUCACUUGUACAUUUUUUUAAACAUUGCUUCAAAAUAAAUGCAUUAAUGACAUUACAAAUCAGGAGCUAUUCGAUCACCUUUUAAAUCUAAUACCAAUUAAUUAUAACAAAUAAACUCUAUACUUGGUGUUAGCAAGGGUAUUACACCUGGAUCAGGCUUCUUGCAAGUAGUUAGAUAAUUAUCUGUGAUAGGACACAAUGUGUGCUUUAUGAUGUUGUCAAAUCUAGUUUCCUGGACAUUACAAAAGGUGUACCGCAGGGGUCUGUAUUGGGACCUGUUCACUUUACUAUUUAUAUAAUAAUAUUAGUCUAUCUGUUAAAACGUGUAAUAUUAAUCAAUAUGCAGACACUUAUGUAUGCCAUUGCUCCAUCUCCUGACCAGGCUAUGUUAGAGCUGCAAUCUGACCUUGUUUCCUUACAGAAAGCUGGUUGGUUUAAAACUUGUACUUAAUGCGGACAAGACUAAAUUCAUGCUACUCCCAUCAAUCCGGUUCCCGCAUAUUGACAAAGAUUGAAUGACAAAACAUAUGGAUGAGCUAGUUAGUUCGUUAUUUAAAGUGGGCUUCUCUUUUCUUAAAUAGAUCUCGCUUCUCCCUAAAUAGCAGAAAGCAGAUUGUACAGUCAACUUUCCUGCCAGUUCUUGACUAUGGUGACACCAUUUACCAGAUUGCAGCAGCCACUACUCUUAAAGCUUCGGAUGCCGUCUACCAUAGUACCCUUCACUUUAUCACAGGUGACAGUUUUAAUACAUCUUCGCUGUUAAAAUAUAAAAACAUGAGAUACCAAACCUGUUCAAGGUUGGUUAACAUUUGAGGUUCCUCGGCUCUCCACCGAACUAGGUAAAAUCCACUUUUAGCUUUAAAGCACCUCAUUGCUGGAACCAUAUGCAAAAUGCAUUACAAUUGGAUGUUCUGGUCCAGCUCGGGAAAAUUAAAAUAUUGAUUAGGGACUUCUUACUGAGGAAUAUAAUUGUCUUUCUUGAAUAUUUGUGUUGUGCUGUAUUUUACUUGUUUUAUGUUGUAUUUGAUUUUUGAGCUUGUCUAAUAAAAUUGUAUAUGCAGGGCUCCCUUGUGAAAGAGACCCUGGUCUUAAUGGUGACUCCCUGCUUAAAUAAAGGUCAAAUAUAUAAAAUUAACUUUUUAUUGACAUUUAGAAAGUUUGCACAGAAAAUAGAUGUGACAAAUGUCUGCUACGGUGCGAUUCCGUUGAACUGUUUUGUGUCAAUAAAAACAGCUGGAUGUAAUGACGUCCCACCAAAAAAAAUAAUAAUAAUAACAACGAAAUGGUUGAAGUGUUUCCAUUAUCCAUUUAGGCACACUGCGCAUUAAUACAUUUGUGACAGCUUGUAUGCCCUUCCACCUAUCUGUUUAAUGUCUGAGGUAGCCCACAAAAGUCAACAUGGAUAGAAUGCAAGAAGUGACUAAUAUUUUAAUAAUUCUCCUGUGCCAACGUAUCGCCACGGUCCGUGCCAUGGUUAAACGUGCACUCCUGUAGACUUGAAAUAAUUGGAUGGUGAAACUUGAUUCCAGCCAACCAGAGAAGCAAUUCAGACAUCUUGAAAGUCAAGAUAAUCCUUGUACUGCAAAUAAAUAUUAUUUUUAUAGUUGAAAAAAUGUAUAUAUUUUUUUCCUUUUUAUUAUUGUUAUUAUUAUUAAUAUAUAGAUAUUUUUUGUUACCCCCUUUUUCUCCCCAAUUUUGUGGUAUCCAAUUGGUAGUUACAGUCUUGUCCCAUCGCUGCAUUAAGCAUUUAUAAAGGUGGAGGGGAGCUUUAUAGUUAGAUGCGUUAUGACAUCAUGUACCUUAAAAAUUAUUCGGCAAUCAUCAUUUAUUUGAAAAACAGUUUCCAUCAUCAUUUGUCGCAAUAAAGGGUAACACUUUAUUUGGAUACAUCUGUAGAUGCUCUACAUAAUAUCUACAGACUAUCAGUGACAUUUCAACUAACUAUCUACUAACCCUUACCUUAACCCUUACCCUAACCCUAAACUUAACCCUUACCCUUAUUCUAAACCUUACCCUAAUCCUAAUCAUAACCUUAGCAAGCAUUUACCUAUCAACAGAUAGUCAGUUUCUUAUCAACAGAUAGUUUAUUGAUAGUAUGUAGAGCAUCUACUAUCCAAGUGUGACCCAAUAAAGAAAGUUUGACAAAAGAAAAAUCAAACCCUGUUGAACAGAUAAAAAUGUUGUUGAUCUUUAGAACAUUUAUCCUAUAACUGCCAUUUCCAUUACACAUCCAACUGGGCACAGACAUCUAUUCAACGUAUAUUCUACGUUGGUUCAACAAUGUGGAAACAACGUUGAUUCAACCAGUGUGUGCCCAGUGGGAUGUUGCUUUUGUUGAAUAAACCUGGGUCAAUGGAAACCUGCCUAUUGACUCUCCCCUUUGAAUGUGCCUAAUUUACCAAUUUUUAGCUACAACUUCUGAGUCUGUUGGAGAGGAUCAGCUUGAGCAAAGUGAGGUGUAGAAUCAUAGAUCUAGAAAUAUUAUUCCCUGCCAAAUAAUAGGUUUUGUGUAAUCAAGAUUCGCAGAGCUACGCCUCCUUUGGGUCAGGCGAUACCCCCGCCAAACACACGCACACAACCAGACAUUAAUUGAUUGAUUGGAGUCAGCUUGUGUCAAUUACAGAACAUUUCUUAGGAUUUUCUACCUGCAGCGUCACUAGCAGGAUAAAGCUGGAAAUACUGGUAAAAGCACAGUGCCUCAUUAUAUGGACCAAAAAGCAGGGCCCUAGUUAUAAACGGAUCACCUAUCUGCGCAAAUGACACACACACACCCAUGCGCUCAUUGACUUUAUACACACUUCAAGUUCGCAAUCUUCCUCAGUUCUAAACUCAUUACUCCCACACUCAUCACUCAUCACACACACAUACAUGCACGCACACACACUACAGGUUGAUGCACACUUCUCCAGUUAUCAAGCUGUGAAGCGGUUGAGGUAAUCAAUGUGAGUUUUUUUUCUCACAGUUUGCUCUGACCGGAGUACCCCUGAAGUACCCCCACAUGUGCAUUUCACUUGUAGGCCUAUGUUAUUAUGUGUUCCCAAGUACCCCCUGUGAGAACCACUGAUCUAACUCAUGUCACUGCCUGUUCCUUUCUUCAGUCUGCUGGAGGUGGUCCAGGACCAGUCUGUGAAGCCCAAGCUGCAGUGUCUGAUAGUGGACCCGUCCUUCUCCAUGGUGACAGUUCAGCGUGAGGACAGCGGCAUAGUCUGGGAGACGGCCUCCAGCCGAUGCUCCACCCCCUGGGCAUCGGAGGCCAGCUACAGCUCUGACACCUACAGUUUGGACGGCUCUGCUACUGGCGGUGGCGGUGCGCAGGGCAAAAUCACCAUUGUCUUCGAUGAGGACAAGAUAGUUCGGAGGAGGAAGAGGACGAGAGGGAAGGGCAGGCUGGGGGAGAGGCUAAGGAGACCCGGGAGCUCCAGGUCUGGCUCGACACUGGGGGUGGAGAGGCCCGAGAUGGCUGAGGUGUCUGUGCCCAACAUCCGAGUGGAGAGUGUAGAGUCAGACACAGAGUCAGGGGAAGUGAAAGACAAAGAGCAGGAGCUGUUUAGUCUGAUCUCAGAGGGUUAUGAGAUCCUCAACAUCAAAGUCCCGUCCAAACUGCCCACGGUGGACGAGGAGGAGAACACUGAGCUGCAGGAUAACCUGUCCUACUUGGAGGAGACACCCAGGAUCAGGUCCAAAUCCAGACGGGGCUCUGAGGCCUUGCCUGCCCAGGACCACCCAGAAAUGGAGGAGGUACAGGAGGGCACAGAAGGAGAAGAAGUAGGAGAGUCUAAGCCCUCAGAACCCACAGAGCAACAGGGGCCUCGCAGCCGCAAGGACGGCACCAGCGACAUGGACUACUUUGAGGCGUUUACCCUGCUGGAUGAGGAGGUGCCUGGGCAGCAGGCUCCGGAGCCAGUGGGAGACGAGGCACACACAAAGCCACAACGAGAGGAACCUAAUCUAGGGCAGAAGACAGCCACAGACAGCCUCUCUGCAGCUCCGGACGAUGACUUUGUGUUUGUCACAGACAUGGAGAUUGCCAGCGAGCGUCUGGAUGAGGUGUUCUACGGGAACAAACACCAUGCACCCCCAGAGGACCUGACGAAACGGGGAGAAGAGGAUGACGAGGAGAGAGGGAAGAAAGGUAGAAGGGAGAGUCUGAGGUCUCUGAAGGAGAGUGGGUCAGCACUGUUCAGCAGAGAGGAGAGCAUCCUCACCCCCAUCUUCCUCUCCCCGGGACCCCCUAAGAUCAUUGAUCCCAUCCUGCUAGAGGAACCCACAGCCAUGUCCUUCCUCUACUCCGACCUGUACGAGGAUGCCAUGGGGGAGAAGGGGAGGAGCGACGAGGAAGGCUCAGAGGCAGAGUGCGUAGCGUCGGACAGAUCGUUCCAGAGGCGACUGUCUGAUUCAGAGGAAACAGACGGAUACCUGGAGAAGUUUAUCCUGAAAGACGAGACUCCCAAUGUGGAGGACCAAUCAGAAGAAGCGGAUGGUCAAGGGGAGGGGCUAAUGAUGUGGUCGCAGAGUAAGUUUGAGCUGACCGGAUUCCUAACGAGAGUGGUGGAAGAAGAAGAAGAGGAGAAGGAGGAGGUCAAAGCUGCAGAGAUUAAUGGGUACCUGCAACCAGCAGGAUAUAAAGAGAUGGACGAAUCAACAGAGAUGGAGGAAUCAACAGAGAUGGAGGAAUCAACAGAGAUGGAAGAAUCAACAGAGAUGGAAGAAUCAACAGAGAAAUCUUUGCUGCAGAUCAAGGGAACUGGUCCUGUUAAAGACUCUGAGUCUGUAAAUACAGACAGCAAAGUGUCUCAGGUUGAGAAGGACCAUCUAGUCACAGGAAAGAAACCUGAGAAGGUUGAUGUGGUAGAGGAAGCUAAAAGUGAGACAACAACUGGGGCACAUGAGUCAGAGGUUGACAGACAGGAGGAGGUAGUGUCAGAUAAAGUAUCCCAUGAAACAGAGCUACUAGCUCAGGCACAGGAGGUGGAAACAUUAGAGGAAGUAGAAGAGUCUAGAGUGGUGAAACCAGCUGUAAUUCAGGAGCCUGUGGUUGUACAGGUGAACCAGGUGACAACUGAAAGUAAAACAGAGACUGUAGUUAAAGCAUCUGAACCUGUAAGAGCAGAGGAUGCUAUUAAAGAUCCAACUGAAGCCAUAGCAGGAGCACAGGAGCUACACAGGGUGUCUCAAAAGGCACUUACUGAUUCAUCAGAAGUAGUUAUGGCGAAAGUAUCAGAUGAUACUAAAACGGCAUCUGAAAUUGCAGCUGAAGCAAUCAAUAGAAUGGAAAUGCUAGCUCAAGCACACAAAGUUGAAAAAGUAGAGAAUAGAUCUGAGGAGCCUGUGAGUGUAGCGGAGGAGGCCUUCCCCAGUGUCACACACAAUCUUGAAGCAGAAGUAGUUCCAACUGCCCCUCCUGCAGAAGCUGCGGAGCGGUGGUCAUCACCUCUAGCCCCUGCUGAGGGAGAUGAGGGACAGGAGGAAGAGCCAAUGAGGAAGCAGGACUUGGAAGGUGAGGAUGAGUGGGUGUUCACUCCCCUCAGGAGCUUCGCUCCACAGGAAGACCUCUCUAAGCUGCACAGAGAAACUGUGGUUUCAGAGAUGGAGCUGCACACUGAGGCUGGGGUCCCAGAGAGAGAGCUGCACAGGGAGACUGCAGUGGAGCUGGAAUAUGAGAUGAUCUCGCAGCAGGAGGCAAGAGAGAUGCUGGUGUCUGAGACAGAGAGAAAAAAGCUGUGCCCAGGCCCUUACUCUGAUCUAGAGAGAGAGAGGGAGCUGGAGCAAGAAAAGGAGAGAGAGAUGGAGUUGGAGAGGGAGAGAAAGAAGCAGAGGCUGAAGGAGGAGGAGAGACAGGAGAGGGAGGAGAAGGAGAGACAGGAGAAAGAGAAACCGAUGGGGUUGGAGAGAGAAAGAGAAAUGGAGAGGCUAAGGCUGAAGGAGGCAAAGGAGAGACAGGAGAUGGAGAGGAAGGAAAAGGAGAGACAGGAGAAGGAGAGACAGAUGGAGUUGGAGAGGGAGAGAGAAAGGGAGAGGCAGAGGCUGAAGGAAGAGAAAGAAAGACAGGAGAUGGAGAGACAGAUGGAGUUGGAGAGGGAAAGAGAAAGAGAAAAGGAGAGGCAGAGGCUGAAGGAGGAGAGGGAGAGACAGAUAGAAAAGGAGAGGCAGAGACUGAAGGAAGAGAAAGAGAGGGAGGAGAGGGAGGAGAAGAAGAGACAGGAGAAUGAGAGACUGGAGAGGGAAGAGAAGGAGAGACAGGGGAGAGAAAGGAAGAGGGAGAAGGAGAGAGAAAGACAGCUAGAAUUAGAAAGGGAGAGAAAAGAGGGAGAGGCAGAGGCUGAUGGAGGAGAAGGAGACACAGGAGAAGGAGAGGAAGGAAAAGGAAAGACAGGAGAAGGAGAGGAAGGAAAAGGAGAGACAGGAGAAGGAGAGGAAGGAAAAGGAGAGACAGGAGAGGGAGAGACAGAUAGAAUUGAAUAGGGAGAGAGAAAGGGAGAGGCAGAGGCUGAAUGAGGAGAAGGAGAGACAGGUGAGGGAGAGACAGGAGAGGGAGAGACAGAUGGAGUUGGAGAGGGAGAGAGAAAGGGAGAGGCAGAGGCUGAAGGAGGAGAGGAGAGACAGAUAGAAAAGGAGAGGCAGAGACUGAAGGAAGAGAAAGAGAGACAGGAGAGGGCGGAGAAGGAGAGGAAGGAGAGAGAUGAGAAGGAGAGACAGGAGAGAGAGAGACAGAUAGAAUUGGAAAGGGAGAGAGAAAAGGAGAGGCAGAGGCUGAAGGAGGAGACGGAGGAGAGGGAGAGACAGAUAGAAAAGGAGAGGCAGAGACUGAAGGAAGAGAAAGAGAGACAGGAGAGGGCGGAGAAGGAGAGGGAGGAGAGAGAGGAGAAGGAAAGACAGGGAGAGAGAGACAGAUAGAAUUGGAAAGGGAGAGAGAAAAGGAGAGGCAGAGGCUGAAGGAGGAGAGGGAGGAGAGGGAGAGACAGAUAGAAAAGGAGAGGCAGAGACUGAAGAGAGAAGAAGACAGGAAGAGACAGGACGAGGGACGGAGAAGGACAAGGAAGGGAGGAGAACAGGAGACAGAAGAGACAGAUAGACUUGGCAAAGGAGAGAGAAAGGCGAGGCCCCGAGGUGAUCAGGGAGGGAGGGAGGGAGGGAGAGACAGAUAGAAAAGGAGAGGCAGAGAAUGAAGGAAGAGGCAAGAGAUACCGGAGAGGGCGGAGGGAGAAGGAGAGGGGGAGAGAGAUGAGAAGGGAGGACAGGAGGAGAGAGACAGAUGAGAGACAAGAUUAGAAUUGGAGAGGGAGAAAGAAAGGGAGAUGCAGAGGCUGAAGAAGGAGACGGAGGAGAGGGAGAGACAGGAUAUGGAGAGACAGAUGGAGAGGGAGAGAGAAAAGGACAGGCAGAGGCUGAAGGAAGAGAAAGAAAAACAGGAGAGGGAGAAGGAGAGACUGGAGAGGGAGGAGAGGGAGGAGAGAGAGAGAGAAAGGGAGAAAGAGAUUGAGAGGCUGAAGGAAGUGAAGGAGAGGGAGGAGAAGGAGAGGGUGGAGAGGGAGAGGGAGGAGAGGGAGGAGAAUGAGAGAGCGAGAGAAAGGGAAAGGGAGAGGCAGAUGCUGAAGGAGGUGAAGGAGAGACAGGAGAGGGAGGAAAAGGAGAGAGUGAGGGAGAGGCAGGAGGAGAAGGAGAGGCAUGAGAGGGAGAGGCAGAAGGAGGAGAAGGAGAGGCAUGAGCAGGAGCGACAGAUGGAGUUGGAGAGGGAAAGAGAAAGGAAGAGGCUGAAGGAUGAGAAGGAGAGGGAGAAGAAGGAGAGUCAGAAGAGAGAAUGGAAGGAAAUACAGGAGAACGAGAGAGAAAGAGACAUGCAGGGGGGUGAGAAGGAAAGACAGGCGAGGGAGAUGGAGUUGGAGAGGGAGGGAGAACAUCAGAAGGAAAGGGUGAGAGAAAACAUCUUGAGGGAUAUGGAGAGGCAGAAGGAGCGAGAGAUGGAGGACAGGGUAAGAGAAGAGAGAGGGCUGGAUCUGCCCGCUUACGAGGAGCCCAUUGAGGCUGACUAUGAGAUAUUUGAUGCGGAGGAGGAGAGCCAGGCCAGAGCAGCUGCUGCCCUACAGGGGAUGGAUUGCUUCUGUCUGGGCUGUGGUUGUCUGCUCUCUAAGACUGACAUACUGUCUGGAGGACAUCAGGAUCAUGAGGUCACCAGCGUGGAAACAGCCUACGAAGACAUGAGG